ACGGAGUACUACACCCAACGUGCCCGCCCGUCUGCGUAGCAGUGCUUGUGCGGCUUCCCUUUAACAGGUUGGCACGCCCCCUGCUUGACGUUCUACGGCAUCUUGUGCUACCUUGACGACGCCCGAAACUCCUACUGGCGCGCCCAUCAUGCUAUACGUCAAGGCUCUCGGACUCGCUGCUCUGGCUGCGACUUCGUUGGGUCAAUUGAACGAGCAAACCACCCCAACGCUGAACCUCACCGCCAUCGGAGCAUCGCGGGGCGAGUCGACACUAGAAUGCUGGCAGCUUGACUCGCCGUUCAAGACCUCUGCAGUCGCCGGUACCGCAGGCGCGCUGGCGCUGUUCCUCGGGGAUCUCUCCAACGCGACUUACAGCAUUCUCCCAGGCCGCUUCGACGGCGGUUUGCAUACGGCGCCCGCGCGACAGUUUGUUCUGUUCACGACGGGUCUGAUUCACAUUACACUGCCCCACGGGAGCGACGAAGCCUGGGUCCAGGGCGGCAAGUACGGGUUGAUCAUUGCGGCGGACACGGCGGACGUCUCGAAGCAUGGUCACCGUACUCGAUACCCCAGCGCCGCGGACACAAUUGGCGUCCAAUUCCCGAUUAAGUCGGGCAGCGACUUCAAGUACAAGCUGCUUCACCAUGGUGCGUGCCAUGAAACUGAAAUGACGGGACUGUAGCCCAACAUUGAUUGGGAUGCUCCCCUUUGCGACAAUAUAUAUAUAUCUAUAGCCAACUUCGUAUGUACAUCCUUUGUACGAGGUAUAUCCUGACGACGGAGCUCAGUAGCUAGGGUAGGCAGUAAAGUUCCACUGCACACUGUUCUUGAGCAGCUCAAAGUCCAGGCCCUUUGCGCCCGCGUUCAUGUACAAGAACUUGGUGAAGGGAACCGUCGCGUGGUACGUAAAGGGCACACCGGCCGGCACAAACGCCACAUCGCCUUGAAUCAACCUGGCCGGUGAUCCGUAUCCGCGGACGGAAAUCUCCAGCUGACCAUCCUCCAUUUGCAACGCAAAAGGAUGGGGCAGCUUGGCCUGCGACGCCGUUUCGUUAGCCCGCUUCGGCGACAUGAUGAUG